AUCGAUCCUUGACCGACUCGUCCGUCUACAUAUCCAAUUACUAACAAUGUGCUUUAAUGUGUCCCCACUCCUCUCCUCUCCUCCUCCUCUCCUCCUUCUCCGCUCUGUUCCAUAGAGACUCAGCGCGCUCAGAUGCACUUGGCGUUCUAGCGGUAGAAACAGCAGCGUGAGCGUCUCAAUGCAGGGGCAGCAAUAGCACCCCGAUGGCCACCAGCACAAGAGACUGCGCUAAGCAGACGACCAGCGCGCGCGUUCGUCGGUGCUUCUCAACCCCGAACCUCGUCUAGCGAAGAGAGAGGUGCCAAAAUCCGUUUUAGGAUAUCGCUUUUUUUUGUCCCUUUUUUUGUCCAUUCGAUGAAGAACUGAUGACGAUGUAUCGGCGAUGGUGGAUUUCCCUUUUGUGCGUCUAUGGACUGAUGUGCAUCGUUCAUUCCAGCAAUCAUAUACCUCGAAAUGGAGACGCCUUGUCGCAGGCGAAGGCUGUUCGUGAUGCGAGCAGGUUCGCCAGGAAGGAGGACACCGUCCCUCUCCGUCUGCUCUACAGCAUGCACAACCACAGUCAAAUCACCCACGAUGUCAUCAGCACCAGGACUAGAGCCAGUUCCAGCCCCACACAGGGGAACCACGUGGCCCAAGCCAGCUUCCAGGUGGACGCGUUUGGUGAGCAGUUCAUCUUGGAUGUUGAACUGAACCAUGAUCUUCUGUCUUCAAAGUACAUGGAGAGGCAUAUUUCAGAAAAUGGGAAGGCUGUCAUAUUCAAAGUAAGAACCUGAGCACUGUAUGGAAAU